AUGAUUCCGCGUUACAGGUUCAUAGUGAGGCUUUAUUCUUCAAGAAAACCAACCUUCCAUAAAGCAAACGCAAACGCAAACGCAAACGCAAACACAGUACGCACUACCAGCAGUCCAAGCAAGAGUAGAAAUAGAGGCAAAUCGUUGAUACUCGUAGGAACUCUAGCAUUCAUAACUUCUGUGAUCUCGAUAAACUACCAAAAGACCAAACCAAUUGAAUUUCUCGAAUAA